AUGGGCAUGAAGCCACAUCUUGGCCUUCGUGGCAAUGCACUUCUCAGAGCAGCAGUGAUGCUGGUCGUCUGUCCAACAUUCACCUGCUAUGGUUACAAUAUGAGUGUAGCUGGCGGCCUCUUGACACUUCCUACAUUCAAUAAUCAAUUCCCCCGUAUGGACACCAUCCACACGACAGGGGCAUUGGAAAAAGAGAACUCAACAAUUCAAGGUACCGUGAUUGCUCUAUAUACUGUCGGUGGUAUCUUUGGAGCACUGUCAUGUGUCUACCUUGGUGACCUUCUUGGACGAAAGAAAGUGAUAUUUUGGACGAAUUUCAUUACUAUUAUAGGCACUAUUCUAAUGGCAACAUCAUUCGAUUUCGCCCAGUUCAUCGUUGCACGACUUAUUCUCGGUCUCGGUAUUGGUGGCUAUGUUGCUACCGUACCUGUCUGGCAAUCCGAAAUUACCCCAGCAGAGAAGCGAGGCUCGAAUGUGGUUACCGAUGGUAUUUUCGUUGGUGCUGGAGUCACCGUAGCACUUUGGAUCGAUUUGGGAAUUUAUUUCGUGAAGGACAGCUCCGUUUCAUGGCGCUUUCCCCUCGCCUUCCCGAUUCUUAUGUCCUCCAUUGCGAUGAUUUUCAUCACCAUGCUUCCUGAGUCUCCCCGUUGGCUUAUCAAAACUGGCCGGCUUGAAGAUGCCCGUAAGGUAAUGGCAGCGCUGCUUGAGCUUGAGCCUGACUCAGAUAUCAUCACUCAGAGCAUCCACCAGGUUGAAACUACUCUGGCUGUCUGUGGGAAUACAUCGUGGACUGCUAUGUUCACGAAUGAUGAGCGUCGUCUCUUUCAUCGCGCAUAUCUUGCUGCUACUGGUCAGCUCUUCCAGCAGAUGUGUGGUGUCAAUCUUAUUACCUACUACGCAACCAGUAUUUUCCAGCAAUACCUUCACCUUGAUCCCGUCAAAUCCCGUAUCCUUGCCGCAGCGAUGGGCCUAAUGCAGCCUUUCGGUGGCUUCCUAGCCUACUUCACUAUUGACAGCUUGGGACGACGCCCACUUAUGUUAUGGUGUGCAGGAGCUAUGUCCAUCUGCAUGGCUGUUCUCGCUGGCACAACAUCACCCGAAGCACAAAACAAUACCGCCGCCCUCGUUGUCGCUGUGAUUGCUUUAUUCGCCUUCCAAUUUAUUUUUACAGCCGGGUACUCUGGCCUGACCUUCCUUUACGCCGCUGAGAUGGCUCCCUUGCAGGUUCGUGCUGCCGUCAGUGCUGUCUCUACAGCAACUGUAUGGGUAUUCAACUUCCUGCUUGCGGAGGUGACGCCUGUUGGAUUCUCAUCCAUUGGCAAUAAAUAUUAUAUCAUUUUCGCUGUGAUCAACGCGACAAUCGUUCCGUCGGUUUACUUCUUCUUUCCUGAGACUAAGGGUCGGUCUCUGGAAGAGAUUGAUGAGAUCUUUGCUCAGUCGAAGAAUAUCUUUGAUCCGCCUCGUGUGGCACGCCGGAUGCAAACCCUCCAGACUGUGCGGCCUGAUUCCUCGGAUAACGAUGGCAAGGUGAGUACCGAGCAUCUGGAGGCAGACCUCAAAGUUUAG